GAAAUGUGGUUUAAUCGAACCCAUUGCAACACACUUUCUGGCUGCUUCAUGGACGAUAGCACCACAUGCACCUGUAAGGUGCUUUUACUGAUCCUGCUGGUUCAGUCCACACUGACCAAUCACAAGUCACAACCAGGACUUCAAUCACCUCUGAACAGCCAAUAGGAAGCCCAGUCACAGGCAUAUGAAUGAGACCGUUUCUACUGCGUUUUGAUCUCGAUUGACUUGAUGAAAGAACUCAGACAGGACUCGUUUCAGUACAUCCGCCUGCAGAUCCCCACUCUUCCAGAAAUAUACCCGCCAAUCAACAAAACAAGAACGCUGCCCUCGUUUGUAACUAUGGUGACUACAGUACAAUGAGGCAUAUGGGAAUGCAUGAAGGUGAUGCUCUGCUGGCUGGUCCUUCUUCAUCUCCAGCACUGAAUGGAUCAAAGAUACCUGGAGCUGCGAGUUCUCCACCCACGGCUGUUCAUCCUCCGACUACAACCGCAGAAAGUUUGGCUCAUAGCAUCAGAAGCAAGUUUCUGAAUGAGCUUCAUAAAGUCCCAUUACCAUCCUGGGCUCUGGUGGCCCUCGGCUUCCUCAUAGUUCUCAUCACGCUCAGCUGCUGUCUGUGUUUCUGCAAGAAGAUGAUAUUUAAAAAGAAAAAGGAAAAGGGUGGGAAAGAGAAAAAUGAAAAGAACAACAUUCACCUAUCAAACGUGAAAGAGGAUGGAACAAAACAGGCUGUUCAUCACGACACGGAUUCUGAUCACAAGGAAGAGGAUUCUGAGUCUAAAGAGGCUGCAAAACUUGGAAAACUUCACUAUACCCUUGACUACAACUUCACUGACAGCGCGUUAAUUGUAGGUGUGGUUGAGGCAGAAGGUCUUGCUGCUAUGGAUAUUAGCGGCACUUCGGAUCCAUAUGUGAAAGUCUACCUCCUCCCUGACAAGAAGAAAAAGUUUGAGACGAAAGUUCACCGCAAAACACUAGAUCCAACUUUUAAUGAGCACUUCACCUUUAAGGUUCCAUAUGCAGAGCUUGGAGGAAAGACACUGGUCAUGACAGUGUAUGACUUUGACCGUUUCUCCAAACAUGAUGCUAUUGGGGAUGUGAGGGUGCAGAUGAAUAAAGUGGACUUCAGUCAGCUUACAGAGGAGUGGAGAGAUCUGCAGAAAGCAGAGAAAGAGGAGCACGAGCGGUUAGGUGAUAUUUGCUUGUCUCUGCGCUAUGUACCGACUGCUGGAAAGCUGACUGUUGUCGUUCUAGAGGCCAAAAACCUCAAAAAAAUGGAUGUGGGUGGCCUCUCAGACCCAUAUGUAAAAAUCCACCUGAUGCAGAACGGCAAAAGGCUGAAGAAAAAGAAAACCACAAUUAAGAAGAACACACUGAACCCGUAUUACAAUGAAUCAUUUAGCUUUGAAGUGCCAUCUGAGCAGAUUCAGAAAGUUCAGGUUGUGGUGACAGUCCUGGACUAUGACAAAAUUGGGAAGAAUGAUGCCAUUGGAAAGGUUUUCAUAGGACUUAACAGCACAGGAACGGAGCAACGCCAUUGGUCAGAUAUGUUAGCCAAUCCAAGAAGACCCAUCGCUCAAUGGCACGCCCUUAAACCUGAAGAGGACGUAGAUGCUGAACUCAUGAAGAAAUAAAGCUG